AGGAUUUUUAGUGCUCUCGCGUCCCGGGGCACGCCCAAAACACCGCCGGGAGCGGAGUUCAUCCGCCAUGCCACCUACGCCUGCCGUACACCUGAGGAAUGCCAAGGCAGUUGCUAGGCAUCGCUUCUCGGUGUCCCGAAGGCUCUUAUUCGGCAGCUUUGCAGCAGCCGCGCUGGCAGCAGGCAGCUUAAGCUUCGGGCGGCAUUUUGAAGCUUCCGCGAAUGCAGGAGCUGAGCCAGAGCCAGAGGCUGAGGGGACGCGCCAGCUUAGGAGCCCCCAAGUAGCGGGCCCGUUGCAUGACUGGUGGAAGCCCUGCGCGCUGGUCGGCGGAACUUGUCGGUGCGUGGGCACCUUGGUUUUUAGCACGAUUCUCGGGGACGCAGUGCGGGAGAUCAACGCUGAUGGAGAGGUGUCCUGCACUGCCGAGGCGCUCGGAGCGCCUGCGAGUCGGAACUUGAAGAUGUGCUGGUGCCAGGAAGGCCUGCACUGGGACAACGACGUGCGGAAGGGUGUGGCAUCGCUGGUGCGGCAGGGCCUGACGCCCCGCGUGGAGAUCGCCUCUGAUGAGGCAGCGGCUCCCUCCUGCGAUGCCAGCAGCGAUGGGCUGUGGUACGGCUGUGUGAUGAUGAGCCGACGCUGGGACACCACUGUGAUCCCUCAGGUGAUGGCGCGCACGGCGCCGGCGGAGGAGCAGCUAGACAUGGCGCUGCGGAAGCUGGACGCGUGCCACCGCCUGUCUCCUGGUGCAUCUUUGCGAGUGCUGGGCGUGCGCAGCGGCCAAGCCACAGAUGCUCCGGCGGUGCCAGUGCACCACUCCCGGGUGUGCUCCAUCGUGUACACGCCCAGCCAAGGAGUGACAUGGACAGCGGAGACUCCAGCUCUCCACUGCGCCACAGAACCUGGCACCUGCACCACCACGCCUUGCGAAUGCCGACGAUCCUCGGACCGCAAGCUAGAGCUGCGGACCCCUCAGGGCCGCCGCUGCUGGGCCUGCUCCGAGAGCGGCAAGGAGUACACCUUCAGAGUUAAUGCCAUGGCCGAGCACAUGGAAGGGCAAGCAGUUUCUUGGUGGCCACCGUACGGUAUCAACAGCCCGCCGAUCCUUUGGAUCUUUAUGGACUGCUGGGCCGUGGUAGAGGCUUGCCCCGUGAUCGCCGGCUACAUGUUCCUGUUCUUCUGCUGUCUCUUGAUGCGAAAAGCGGAGGAGCUUUCUGGUGGAAUGAUCCCCUGGACCCGCGUGGUGCCAAUUUACGGCCCCGCGCUCAAGCGCGGAGAGGCGUGGCGUUUCGUGACCUUCACCUUCUUCCACUUGCAGUUUCUGGACCUUUUUCAAAACCUGCUCACGCUGCUAGACACCCUGGACGUGGAGGGAACACCUCCGAUCAUCCUGGGGGAUGGCUCCAAUUUGAAGUGCGGCGUCGGCGCGAAGCAGAACUUCAUGUGCUACCCCAGCAUCGGUCUGGGCUCGGUGCACACCUUGGGGGUGUCGCUGGUGAGCGCCGCGGUGGGCGGAAUGUGCAGCACCUGGGUGAACUUCUCCAACGUGGUGGCAGGCGCGUCCGCCCUGGGCUUCGGCCUCUCCGGCGCCAUCGUGGCGCUCUAUGCGCUCUACGCAGGCGCGGAUUUGGACUCGACCUCCAGCGUGCAGCGGAGCUUCAAGGACUGGGUCUGGCUGCGCUUGAUCUUCGUGGCCUUCCACAUCGCCAUGGAGUUCGUGCGGGGCCUGUCCCAGCGGGAUUUGGCGGGGCUCUGGGCGCAUACCACCGCCUUCCUCAGCGGCUUCGCGUACGUCCUCUACUUUUUGCCCCCCAUGGGCGAUGGAACGCUCCUCUCCGCUGAACGGCCCUACGUGGUGGCCUGCGCUUACGACAGCAGCGGCUUCUCGUCCAGCGCGCCGGAGUGCCUCCGACUCUUCAACGCCCAGUACGAGUACCAGGUGGACGAUGUACAUCGGCAAUGCUUCCUCUUCUUCUCCACGAUCGUUGGAUGGACCGUCUUCAACACCGCAGUACUGCACCGGAGGGUGAAGUCUACGGAUGCGGUCCUGUUGGCUGGGGCGGAGGUCAGCGCUGUGUGCUGCAACCGCCAGGCGAGGCCUGGAGGAGAUGGCCUUGCCUCCAACAUGGAGGACAAGGAGGUGGUCAUUUGGAUCACGAUUGCGGCCACCAUCGGCUGGCGGCCUCCGCCGGGCACAGAGGAGGCGGAGCGGAAGCUGGUGGCUCGGAGCCUGGACGCCAACCCGGCCACCCCAGGUGGCCUGCUGGACAAAACCCCCGAGGCAGAAGCGGGGUCUCACAACGUGGCAGGCAAAGACCUCAUGACCUUCGGAGAGAGCCUUUUCCUGCCGGUGAAGUACAAGCCCAGGUCCACUUGGAUUCAGCUCGUACUUUACGACUUGGACCCGACCAAGAAGCCCAUCGCUUUCGCCUCGAUCUCUUUGGCCGAGGCCCUGCGAUCAGCGAAUGGCGAUCUGCGGAUGAAGUUGCAGCCCAUGGAGGAAGCCAAGAAGUCUUGGCCAAAGGCUGUGUCGGGCUGCUUGCCUUGGCGCCACUCGCCCCAGCUGGUCGUCAACUUCAGGUAUUUGGAAGUGCCAAAAGCGAUUGAGAUCAAGGAUAAAGUGAAGAGCAAGCUGGAGUACCUCUCCUACGAGCUAAAGGCCAGAGAGGAAGAAUUGGUGGAGCUCAAAAAGACGAAGGCGGUCCUGGAGGGUGAGGAAGAGUGAGAUGUGGCCGUGUGG